AGCAUCAGCACCUCCAAACGGCUACCUACACGCGGCUAAAGGAUGCUCCGGAGCUGAACCAGGACCGUGGAAACCAGGCAAAGACGGGCAGGAGCCAAAUCACGCUGUGGGUAUAUUUUCUGCUUUAUGCUGAUCAUCUUUGCCGCCUCGGUGCCUCCAUUCACGAUGCACCAUUCAUGCAUCUCUAAGAAUGGAAACACAGUGUCCAGGACGCAUUAAAAGCCCAGCCGCAAACCUGUUUACUCAGACGCACGUCAAGGUUUUUGUCUACAUGUAGGUCGAAGCCAGGAUGAGAAGGCUACUGCCCCGCUUUUGAUGUGAAAUACGGGAGAAAACGAGCAAACAAAAGGCAAUCUGACCCCCUCCUCUGGCGCACCUGUCUGCCCUGUCGCUGCCUGACAUGACAGCGGCGCGGAGCCGGGAGCACAGCAGCAGGAUCAAGGGGCAAGGAGUGGAUCAGACUGGGACCAGAGGAGGAGGACGCACGGCGGACAACCAGCUGAAAGGCCGACUUUCAGUUUGUGGGGACGAGCUCCAAGGGCAGUGCGGCACAGACCAGGCAGACCGGGGGGAGGAGGCUGCGGAGAGCUGCGAUACCUCUUCCCCUCAAAGAUCAUCCCCCACAUAUCAUGAUAGGUGCUUGUGUGGUUCGUCUUUUUGUCCUACCUCUCCUUCAGUAGCGAUGAAUUAAACUCUGUCAAGUACACUGGUGAAACAAAGGGACUAAUGUCCAUAAAGUGCAGGAAUCUUUUGCUGCCUUCUUCUGUGGUCGUUUUGCUCGCCUGCGCAAUGGGCUGCCUCCAGAGCAUCGCCUGCAAGCCCCGCAUCAGACGGGAAAACAUCGUGGUGUAUGAAGUGUCAGCCUCUAUCGACCAGUGUCCUACGGUCAUAGAGGAGAACUCCCCCAUCGUGCUGCGCUACAAGACGCCCUAUUUCAGGGCUUCAGCCGGCGUAGUGAUGCCACCAGUCCCCCGCAAUGAAACAUGGGUAGUUGGCUGGAUUCAGGCGUGUACACAGAUGGAGUUCUACAACACUUAUGGGGACAUUGGCAUGUCGAGCUGGGAGCUGCCCGAGCUGCGUGAGGGGCGGGUCAAAGCCAUCAGUGAUUCGGAUGGUGUUAGUUACCCCUGGUACGGCAACACCACAGAGACCGUGACUCUGACGGGUCCCACCUCCAAACCCUCUCGCCUCACGGUCAGCAUGAACGACAACUUUUACCCCAGUGUCACAUGGGCCGUCCCAAUCAGCAACAGCAACACCCCCAUGCUCACCCACAUCACUCGCGACCAGAGCUUCAUCACCUGGCUUGUGGCUAUGAACACCAUCACAAAGGAGAGGAUCGUCCUGCAGACUGUGCGCUGGCGGAUGCGAGUGGAUAUCGCAGUGGACCCUGACAUGCCUCUGGGCUCCCGAGCCUCUCUGGUGGGACGUCCCUAUCAGGAACAGCCACACAUACUCAACUACCAGGAGCCUAUUCCCCCGAAUGCACUGGGUCGGCCCAAUGCCAAUGACGCUCAAGUACUCAUGUGGAGGCCCCGCAGGGGGGCACCACUUGUUGUCAUCCCGCCCAAAAUCAGCGAAAGCAUAACUCAGAUGAAAUAAUGAUUGUUUUAUCAGAAAUGUAGGAUGUGAGAAAAAACAAAUCAAAACUAUGGAUCAGGGAAAAGCAGAUAGACUGUUUAAGAUGGUUUAAGAUAAACAAAGCUUCAAGAGAUUUACUUGGAACAUUUUACAAGAGUGCGUUUUAGUAAAUUGACUCAGGUCAAAGGUCACUCACAGAGUGUGGACUGCUUUAAAAGCUCUAUUGCCAUUUAGAAAUACAAUGUUUUUUACUGCACCACUGAGGUAUUGGCCCCAGAAUGAACUGCAUCCUGCAUCCUUAUGUAGAUCUAAUUGCAUGAACGAGCAGAGGCUGCUCGUGAGGAGCAGCAGAAAAGCAUUUGUUUUGUAUAAGUUGUUACCUGGAGACAUUUUGAUUGCAGGCUGUAAAACCUCAUCAGCGCCAACCAAGGCCUUCAGCACACUCAGUUAAACAUAUGUUCACUAUGUAUAAGACAGAAAGCAGUAUUAUACAGAUUUUAGAUAAAGAUUUAACUCAUGCUUCCAUCUGAUUGUAUGAAGAACAUCCACAUGGCAUAAAAGAAAACUAAACCUGCCACAGUUUCACAGAACUUUUGCUAAAACACCAAAAGAAUUCAGCUACUUGUUUGAAACUCACUUCUCUUUUGGCUAGUAAAUAAAUGUGGUCAAUAUGCCUUUGAUAAGUGCAGUGUAAAUGACUUGGACAUGUGCCAUACAACAUUUUUAAAACAAGGGGUGAGGGCAAACCAGACUUUGAUUACAGUUGGAACGGGGCAGACCAUCCAUCUAGUGUUGGACAUGAUUAUUUACACUCAGGGGAUCCAAAGGGAAUUUAAACGUUUGCUUGGAACAACAUAAUAUAGUCAUGCAUUUAAUACUAUAUUAUUUUGCAAAUGAGUAACCUCUGGCAAAAGUACUAAUAUAUCCAGUAAGUGAAUUGCUUAAACAUACAGAGAUAAAAUGUUUCAAGCAUCUCAUUCAUUUAUUUGUAAUAGUGUUCUUAAGGGCUAAUAUCCGGGCUUGUGACCCACUUGAAAGCAAGAUUGUAAGCUACGUCUUUGUAAUUAGCAACUAAAAUAUCUAUGAAUGUCCAGAGGUACACAAUUUUUUCAAAACUAAAAACCUAUGUUGCGACAUAUUCUUUAUUUUUUUGUGGCACAAACUCUUUAGGCAUUACACAAUAUGUCACGGUGCGCCCAGUGUCCCCUCAGUGACUCACGGUCCAUCUGCGCCUCUCCACGGGUCCAUGCUGCACCUUUACCAUCUGUCUUCUCCUGCUUGUCCCAUGCCCAAAACACACAUCCACAACUAUGCAACGAUUAUUGGAUUUUGUUGUCAAGAAGAAAACAUUUUGUGUUCAUUUCAUGGGAGUAAUUGUUGAAUAAAGAUGGCUACUUCUAAUACGGUGAGAAACGGGUUUGUGAAUUCAGGGUGUCUGCUCAUGUCACUGUGGCUCAUCCAAGCAUCUGUUGCUAUAGAGACCGAUUUGCUUUCCCCAAAUGUGCAACGACUGUUACAGAAAAAUGUUUAAAAAUCCAGGGUGUGUUUUGCUGUGUGUGUGCUUGUGUUUAGUAUCACUUUGAUGCCACAUGAAAGCUCACAGCUCGUAGAUUGACUAUUAAAGGUCUUUAAUU